AUGCAAAUACUCCUAUUUCUGCAUUCUAUUCAGCCACACUUCUUAAGAACUUCCUCCCUCGCUACAAAGCCAGACACCUCCCACAGAACACAUAUUCCUCGUCUCAGCACACCACCACCUCCCACAGAACACAUAUACCUCGUCUCAGCACACCACCUCCCACAGAACACAUAUUCAUCGUCUCAGCACACCACCACCUCCCAGUCCCACAGAACACAUAUACCUCGUCCCAGCACACCACCUCCCACAGAACACAUAUACCUCGUCUCAGCACACCACCUCCCACAGAACACAUAUACCUCGUCUCAGCACACCACCUCCUACAGAACACAUAUACCUCGUCUCAGCACACCACCUCCCACAGAACACAUAUUCAUCGUCUCAGCACACCACCACCUCCCAGUCCCACAGAACACAUAUACCUCGUCUCAGCACACCACCUCCCACAGAACACAUAUACCUCGUCUCAGCACACCACCUCCCACAGAACACAUAUACCUCGUCUCAGCACACCACCUCCCACAGAACACAUAUACCUCGUCUCAGCACACCACCUCCCACAGAACACAUAUACCUCGUCUCAGCACACCACCUCCCACAGAACACAUAUUCCUCGUCUCAGCACACCACCACCUCCCAGUCCCACAGAACACAUAUACCUCGUCUCAGCACACCACCUCCCACAGAACACAUAUUCCUCGUCUCAGCACACCACCUCCCACAGAACACAUAUACCUCGUCUCAGCACACCACCUCCCACAGAACACAUAUACCUCGUCUCAGCACACCACCUCCCACACAUAUUCAUCGUCUCAGCACACCACCUCCCACACAUAUUCCUCGUCUCAGCACACCACCUCCCACACAUAUUCCUCGUCUCAGCACACCACCACCUCCCACAGAACACAUAUUCCUCGUCUCAGCACACCACCUCCCUCAGAACAUAUAUUCCUCGUCUCAGCACACCACCUCCCACACAUAUUCCUCGUCUCAGCACACCACCUCCCACACAUAUUCCUCGUCUCAGCACACCACCUCCCACAGAACACAUAUUCCUCGUCUCAGCACACCACCUCCCACAGAACACAUAUUCCUCGUCUCAGCACACCACCUCCCACACAUAUUCCUCGUCUCAGCACACCACCUCCCACACAUAUUCCUCUUCUCAGCACACCACCUCCCACAGAACACAUAUUCCUCGUCUCAGCACACCACCUCCCACAGAACACAUAUUCCUCGUCUCAGCACACCACCUCCCACAGAACACAUAUUCCUCGUCUCAGCACACCACCUCCCAGUCCCACACAUAUUCCUCGUCUCAGCAUACCACCUCCCACACAUAUUCCUCGUCUCAGCACACCACCUCCCACAGAACACAUAUUCCUCGUCUCAGCACACCACCUCCCACAGAACACAUAUACCUCGUCUCAGCACAUCACCUCCCACAGAACACAUAUUCCUCGUCUCAGCACAUCACCUCCCACAAAUAUUCCUCAUCUCAGCACACCACCUCCCACAGUAAUCUUGGUACACUUCAUAACAUUUUUGUAG